AUGUUGACUUGCAUAGCUUGUUCAAAGCAACUCAAUAAUAGAUCUCUUCAUCAACAAGAUGAGGAAGAAGCUGUGCAAACACCUAGCACCAAACAAGCCAUCAAGGCUCUCACAGCUCAGAUCAAGGACAUGGCAGUUAAGGUUUCUGGGUCUUAUAAGAAUUGCAAGCCUUGUUCAGGAUCUUCCAAUGGCAACAAGAACAAAAAGUAUGCUGAUUCUGAUAUGGGGUCAGAUUCAGCAAGGUUCAACUGGGCAUACCGAAGACCCGGGAGCGCGAAUUCAACACCAAGAAUGUGGGGGAAGGAAAUGGAAGCUAGACUCAAAGGGAUUUCCAGUGGCGAAGCAACACCAACAUCGGUUAGCGGUCGUACCGAGUCCGUUGCGUUCAUGGAAGAAGAGGAUGAACCUAAGGAAUGGGUUGCACAAGUUGAACCUGGUGUGCUUAUUACUUUUCUUUCAUUGCCCCAAGGUGGGAAUGAUCUGAAGAAGAUACGGUUCAGCCGUGAAAUGUUUAAUAAAUGGCAAGCUCAGAGGUGGUGGGCGGAAAACUAUGACAAAGUUAUGGAGUUGUACAAUGUUCAAAGGUUCAAUCAACAAGCAGUUCCUCUUCCAACCCCACCUAUAUCUGAAGAUGAGAGCUCAAAGAUUGAAUCUUCAAGGGAUAGCCCAGUUACACCUCCUCUAAGCAAAGAGCGUCUGCCCCGUCAUUUACAUCACCCAACAGGAAUGGGCUACUCCUCAUCAGAUUCACUGGAACACCACCAUAUGCAACCGCAGCCUUGCUAUGAAACAAGCGGUCUGGUAUCAAAACCUAAUCCUUCAGAUGUUGGUGUUCCUAAGACCGAAAGAUCAUCCAUUGAUGCUUCUGCAAGGACUAGUUCGUCAGAAGAGGAAGACAAUCACUCAGGUGAGCUCUCAAUCAGCAAUGCCAGUGAUAUGGAAACUGAAUGGGUUGAACAGGAUGAACCAGGAGUAUACAUCACUAUCAGAGCACUACCAGGUGGAACCAGAGAACUCAGGCGCGUCCGCUUCAGCCGAGAGAAGUUUGGAGAAACGCGUGCUAGGUUAUGGUGGGAAGAGAACCGUGCGAGGAUACAAGAGCAAUACUUGUGA